AUUUUAUUUUAAUUAAUUAUUAUAGAAAUUUAAAUUAUUUAUUUUUUAUUAGUUUGAUAAUUAUAUUUGCUUCUUUGACUAAAAGAGCUCAAAUUCCUUUUUCUUCUUGGUUGCCUUUAGCUAUAGCAGCUCCUACACCUGUUUCUUCUUUAGUUCAUUCUUCUACUUUAGUAACUGCUGGUAUUUAUUUAAUAAUUCGGUUUAAUGAAAUUUUUUUAAAUUUUUCUUUUUUAAAUUAUUUAAUAGUAAUUUCUUGUUUAACUAUAUUAAUAUCUGGUUUAAAUGCAAUUUUUGAAUUUGAUUUAAAGAAAAUUAUUGCUUUUUCUACUUUAAGUCAAAUAAGUUUUAUAUUUAUGAUUUUAUGUUUAGGUAAAAUUGAUAUAUGUUUUUUUUAUUUAUUAAUACAUGCUUUAUUUAAAUCUAUAAUAUUUUUGAGAUCUGGUAUUUUAAUUCUUAAUAUAAAUAAUAAUCAAGAUAUUCGUAAAAUAGGGGGAUUAAUUGAUUAUUUACCUUUUUGUGGUUUGAUUUUUAUAUUUACUUUAAUAUCAUUAUGUGGUUUUCCUUUUUUCUGUAGUUUUUAUUCUAAGGACUUGAUUUUUGAAUACUUUUUAAUAAUAAAUUUGAAUUUUUUUUUUUUUUUUUUUUUUUUAUUUUCUUUUUUUUUAACUUUUUUUUAUUCAAUUCGUGUAAUUUAUUAUUUAAUAAUAAUAAAUUUUUCUAUAUUUAAUUAUUUAAUGAUUAUUAAAUUUGAAAGAAAAAUCUUAAUUAUUAGUAUAAUAUUUAUUAGUUUUAUUAUGUUGUUUUUUGGUUCUUUUUUUAUAUGAUUAAUAUUUUAUAAAUUUGAUUUAAUUUUAUUAGAAUUUAAAUUUAAGAUUUUAAGAGUAUUAAUUUUAUUUUUUAGAAUUUGAUUUUUUUUUGAACUUAAUAAUUUUUUAUUUUCUAUAAAAUAUAUAUUUUCUUUAUUUAAUAUUUUUUUUUUUAGAUUAAUAUGAAAUUUAUUAUUUUUUAAAGUAAAUUUUUUUUUAAAUAAUUUUCUUUAUAUUGGAUUUUUUACUUUAAAGGUUUUUGAAAUUGGUUGAAUUGAAUAUAAUUUAAAUAGAGGUUUAAUUUAUUUUUUUAAGAAAAUAAUUAGAUUUAGACAGAGUAUUUUUUUAAAUAGUUAUAAAGUUUAUAUUUUAUUAUUUUUUUUAUGAUUUUUAAUUAUUUUAUUAUUUAAUUAUUAAA